GCCGAAAAGAUGGCGCCUGAAUGAAGGACGCUCAAUUAAGAGUACUCGAGACUUUGUUAAAGUUGUAUUGUUAAUAAUAUUACAUAUUUCAUAAAAAAUGAGUAAUCUUUCGCCAUUUGGAGGUGGUAAAAACCCACCGUGGGUUCGUAAUGCAGGACAGGGAAUUCAAAAUAUUCAACAACAAAUGUUAGGUCAAGCAAUGGGUAGUAUAGGUGGACAGCCUAUGGUUCAAUAUCAGCAACAAACUCAACAAGUUUAUCAGCAAAGUUUAGGAUUGCAACAGCCCAAUAUAACAAUGGCUUCAAUGGCAACCCUUGGAUCAAACUUACCAUCCGGUAUAGCUGGACAAUUGUAUCCACAAGUUGCCACUGUUUCUUAUCCACCGCCAAGAGCAUUAAACACAAAUGCAUUUCAACCAUCUGUUGCUGGUGUACCGCAACAAGUACAACAAAAUGUACCUUCAUCGUCUACUAAGCAGAGAGUAUUUACUGGCACGGUGACUCAAGUAUAUGAUAAUUUCGGUUUCGUAGAUGAAGAUGUGUUCUUUCAAACAAAUGCAUGCGUCAAAGGAUCCAACCCAGUUGUUGGUGAUCGGGUACUUGUAGAAGCGUCGUACAAUCCAUCUAUGCCAUUUAAAUGGAGCGCUACUAGGAUACAAGUACUCCCUAUGGGAAACAAUAACAGUAAUACUAACACGCAACAAAGUAAUCAAACCUCUCGUCAACAGCAGCAACAGCAACAGCCGCAACAAAGUCGUACCUCAGGAACCUAUAAUGCUGUGCCUCCGCCUGCUGAAAAUGCUAAUAAUAGAUUUGCAACUAGCGCGACGAGUGCCAAUACAGCUAGUAAUCGUAAUAAAAUUGGAAGAGUAAGAGAAAGAUCUCCUCGUGAACGAAAAAAUGAAGAGGAAGAGAUUGAACGAAAGAGACGCCGCGAGGAAAGAAUCAGAGAACGCGAGAAAAAGGAGGAACGUAGUCCAUCGAGAACUAGAAGAAGUAAAUCUCCAAGACCACGGCGACGUACUAGAGUUGUACCACGUUACAUGGUACAAAUACCGAAAAUAGCUCUCGAUCUACCUGAAGCAGAUGUACUUGAGAUAAGGAGACGUUACCAGAAUAUGUAUAUUCCUAGUGACUUCUUUUCUACUAAUUUCCGAUGGGUUGACGCCUUUCCACCGCAUAUGCCAUUUACUCUUAAUAAACCAUGCUCUUUUCAUGUGAUGCAUAAGGACAUUGAUCCUUGCACUGAAAAUACAGCGGUGUUAGAACCUUCGGAUGCCGAUUAUCUCUUCUCUGCGAAGGUUAUGCUGAUAUCUAUGCCUGCCAUGGAAGAGAUAUAUAAACGAUGUUGCGGUGUAUCCGAGGAUAGAGAUCCAGAUCGUGAUUAUGUACAUCCUACACGUUUAAUAAAUUUCUUGGUAGGCUUACGAGGUAAAAAUGAGACAAUGGCAAUCGGUGGGCCAUGGAGUCCUUCAUUGGAUGGUCCUAAUCCUGAAAAGGAUCCAUCGGUUUUAAUCAGGACAGCAGUGAGGACUUGUAAAGCGCUUACAGGGAUAGAUCUCUCCAGCUGCACCCAGUGGUACCGCUUCCUGGAACUCUACUACAGACGUGCAGAAACGACCCACAAGUCGGGGCGAGUGGUGCCCUCUCGCGUUGAAACCGUCAUACUAUUUCUCCCAGAUGUAUGGAGCUGUGUACCUACCAAAUUGGAAUGGGACGGUCUACAACUCAGCUAUAAGAAACAACUGGAACGAAAAUUGCUGCGUACCACCUCUAGCCCCGACGAUUCGGAUGCUGCCAAUGACACUGAUGAGGCUGCCGUCGCUGAUCAAAAGGAAGAUCCAGUGCCGGAGAAGAAGGACCCCACUCAUUAUUCUGAACUGGAUCCAAAGUCUAUGAAUGUAAAUGAAUUACGUCAGGAAUUAGCUGCCCGUAAUUUAAAUUGCAAAGGUUUGAAAUCCCAGCUGCUAGCAAGAUUAACAAAAGCAGCGACAUUAGAACAAGCUAAAGAAGAAGGACGGCAGGAUGAUAUCGAAGAGAAUGAAAAAGACGUUUCACCUUCACCGAAAGAAGAGGAGGAUAAGAAAUUUAGAGACAAAGAUCAUGAUGAAGACAGAAGAAAACUUUGUGAACGUGAACGGAUAGCCCUUGAAAAACGGUACACGUUACCAGAAUCGUCCCAUAUUAUCGUCCAUCCUUCCAGAAUGGCGAAAAGUGGAAAAUUUGAUUGCACUGUUAUGUCUUUGAGUGUACUUUUGGAUUACAGGCCAGAAGAUACAAAGGAACAUUCUUUCGAAGUAUCGUUGUUCGCGGAACUCUUUAACGAGAUGUUGAUGCGAGAUUUCGGUUUCCGCAUUUAUCGAGCUUUGUGCAGUCUUCCUGAGAAACCCAAAGAAAAAGAUGAAGAUAAGAAGAAGGAUAAAAAGGAUGAUAAGAGAGAUGAGAAAAAAGAUGAUAAAAGAAAGGACGACGAUAAACGUUGUAGGAAAGAUGAAAGGAAGGACGAGAAAAGAAGAGAGGGAAGUAAAGAUAAAAAGGACGAGAAAGAUGCGAAAAGUAAAACAGACGAUAGGGAUAGAGAUAAAGAAAAGAAUGACGAUGAUGACGACGAUGAAGAAGAUGAAUCUGAUGAUGACGAUUCAGUUAAAGAUGGUAGGAGAGAUAGAGAUAAGGAUGGAAGAAAGAGGAAAACGAAACUGUACACGCACGAUCCUUAUCUCUUACUAUCUUUCGUUUAUUUUGAUCAAACUCAUUGCGGAUAUAUAUUCGACAAAGAUAUAGAAGAACUUAUUUAUACUUUAGGACUGAAUUUAUCAAGAGCUCAAGUUCGUAAAUUAGUACAAAAGGUUGUAACCAGAGAUUCUUUACACUACCGUAAAUUAACAGAUAGAUCAAGAGACGAUGAUCCAAAAGAAGAGAAGAAAGACGAUAAGGAAACGGAUAAGAAUGAUUCCGCUAAGGAAGACUACGAAGAAGAUAUAUUGCGUUCAUUGGCACUUGGAAAUAAAAAAUUGUUACCAGUAUUUGUCGGAAGUGGCCCGCCGUCGAAGAGGGCACGAAGAGAAGAUUCACUUGCGGAUCAGUCUGAGGAAUCAACUAUACCAGAAGGUUUCGUUAUGUAUAAGGGUUCUUUAGUGGAUGUAGAAAAACUUGUUAGUCAAUUGAAAAGAUCGGAGAAGGCUCGGUUAGACACCGAGGAACGUAUGAUGGAGUUGCAGCACGAGCUUUCAAUAGUGAACGAAAAAUCUGCUAAACAGACAAAUAAUAUUAAAGCUCUUUCGGAAGACUUAAAAAUAUACAAAGACAAAUUAAGGAAUACGGAUGAAAAGCUCAAGAAAGUUUCGGCUGAGUGCUUGUCAUAUCUUACUGCAGUAAAAAACAUGUAUCAUAUAGCAGCAAAAAUGAUGCAAUCUGAUACUAAAAAAGUGGAGAUUGUAGAGAUACAAGAUGAAAAGGUUGGUGAAGUAAACGGAUCAGAAAUUGAAACAAAAUUUAAAACCGACACGAGAUGGGGAGACAACAAAGUUCCGAUAAAAAAAGAAUUCAUAGAAACAGACAAGGACAAGAAAUGCGACAAUAAAAUAUCAAUCAAGAAAGAAAUUACAGAAAUUGAUAAGGAAAAGAAGUAAAAUAAAAUACACUGUUUAUUUAUUGUAAAAGAUGUUGACGCACUCGUAUAAAAUUCUAAGUAUAUUAAUAACAAAGAAUGACAAACGUGUUUAGCGAUGACAGCACUCAAAGUGAAUGGGAAAGGUUUACCCGUAUGAAAGUAAAAUGACUAAAGACUCUGUUUUAUAACUUUUUUCACUUAGUGACAAUAUGUGGUAAACUAUUUCUGUUAGAAAUAAGAAUUGUUCAGUUAACAUAAAUGAAUGAAUAAUGCAGUUAUUAAAACAAAUCAUUACAUUGCAGUUUUUCACAUAAAUUAAUCAAAUUUUAUGCAAAUAGACAAAAUUUCGUGAAACUUUUUAAAUACUGAUGUAACUGUCAUUUGCCAUAAAGUGCCAGAUAUUAAUAGACAAGUAUGUACUGUAAUUUCAAAAUAAGUUUACGUUUAACAUCAUUAAGGUGUGAUUAUUAAAAUAUUUUCAGAUUUUCUGGAUAACUAAUUCUUUUGCUUUCUAUACUUCGUUUCGUGAUAAACUGUGAUUUAUAAAAAAAAAAAAAAUAUAUAUUAAUCACACAGUAAACCUUUAUCUUGGAUGGAUUAUAUUUAGAAUUACAAUGUUAAUGUUGUUGCUUUUGUGUACGAAUUAUACCAAUUACGCCGAUAAUUCUUGAGUGGCCUUAGGAUAAAUUGAAUUUAUCAUAGGUAUUCUUGAAAGCAACAAUUGAUUAACAUAUUUGAUAGCAGCAGUGUAUUUCUAUUAUGUUAUCAAUGUAUUUAUUACUUUGUACACAGAAGACCGCAUGGCAAAAUAAAACUUUCACACAAUAUGCAUCAACUGUAAGAUAUACGAUAAUAAUUAAUGGGAUAUCGUUAGCAUUGUUUUUCUUGCGCUACUUAAAGGAAAUUUUAUCUGUUCUGUAUUUUGUGUAACUGCUGUAAAUACUUUUGCAAGAACGGUACCUAAGAGUAAUUUGAACACCAAAGUAUUUGUAGACAAUUUAGUAUCACAUGAAUAUUAUACAUAAGAAACAAUAAUUUAUUAAAAAAAAAAAAAUUGUAAAAAUAGCAUUA